AUGAGUGCUGUCUUCAGCCCGUCACUUAUGAUGAUGCAGCGCCCAUUGGGAAGCUCAACUGCCUUCAGCAUCGACUCGCUGAUUGGAGGUCCGCCCCAGCCAAGUCCGGGACACUUUGUGUACACCGGCUACCCGAUGUUCAUGCCGUACAGGCCGGUGGUUCUCCCUCCGCCGCCCCCGCCGCCGCCCGCCCUGCCACAGUCCGCCCUGCAGCCGGGACUUCCUCCGACGCAUCCCCAGCACCAGAUGCCAAGCUUACCGACCAGCUUCUGCUCGAGCCUCGCACAGGGCAUGGCUCUCACCUCCACGCUGAUGGCCACGCUGCCGGGCAGCUUCACCGCCUCUCAUCAGCACCAAGAAGCGGCGAGAAAGUUUGGAUCGCAGUCCCUCCAAGCUGUCUUCGACAAAUCUCAGGACAUUCGGUUGGACGGCGACGAGGGAAAGACUUUUCAGGGGAAAGAGUCCACGGCACUUUCAACCUUUCCAGCGUCAGACCCUGUGCAGUCUUCGAUAGUAAUUGCAGUAAGAAGUCAAGGCAAAGAUGACCUCAAAGAGGACGAAUGCAACAGAAAAGAAGAAAGCUUCUCAAUGGACAGCGAUUUAGACUACAGCUCUGAUGAAAACAUGACAAGUAACACGGUGUGUCCAAAGGAGGACGGGGAUGCAAGCGCUGGGCUGGAUGAGGGCGUCCACGGGCCUAACGGCACCGGUAGCACCACGUCGACGGGGAAGAACAGGCGACGGAGGACGGCGUUCACAAGCGAACAGCUGCUGGAACUGGAGAAGGAAUUUCACUGUAAGAAAUACCUCUCUCUUACGGAGCGCUCGCAGAUUGCUCACGCUUUAAAGCUGAGCGAAGUGCAAGUGAAAAUUUGGUUUCAGAACAGGAGAGCCAAGUGGAAACGCGUGAAGGCGGGCAAUGUCAACUCCAAAACUGGCGAGCCCUCGAGAAACCCCAAAAUUGUGGUGCCCAUUCCCGUGCAUGUCAGCCGCUUUGCAAUAAGAAGUCAGCACCAACAGUUAGAGCAAGCGAGACCGUGAUGUUUAUUUCUGCUGCAAGGA